AUGCUCACACGCGUGCCGCUGGAUAUUGUGCACCUCGUGAUCCGCCACGCCGUCGACCGCGACGCCUACGACGAGGACUGGCCGGCGUACCAGCGACGACUCGCCCAACUCUGCCUCGUCUGCUGCUUCUUUCGCGAUGCUGUGCAGCCUGUGCUGUGGAAGACACUGCGCGUCAGAACCCUGGAGCAGUUUCACAAGGUCGCCGGGAGGGAUGGGAGGAACCGGCACCUCCUCAAGCACGUCGAGGAGUUCCGAGGAGGACCCGAAUUGAUGGAGGAGCGCAUGCACGAUGCGGUGAUCUACCUACGACACUAUCUGCCGUCUCUUCAGGCACUCUCGCUGAACACGUUCGGGAUGCCCGAGAUGGGUCUUGGGCGGUUCCUACGCUCCGAAAACUUACGAUCCCUGAGCCUCCACAACUACGACCGUCUUCACCCCAUGCCGGCCGGCUCUAUCCUUCCCAGCCUCGAGACACUCUCCCUGGCCCGGACCAACGCUCUUCUUUCGACGUUCUGCGACAUCCUCCGUCCGGAAUGUACACCUCGUCUACGACAUCUCGCAUUGACUCUCGUGAGCGCCGACGACACUUUCCGCCGUCUCCCUCCUCCCCCCGACCUCAGUCGCCUCCGGGUAGUUCAAGUCGAGGGCUGCUCCCGGGCUCCAAGCCUGUACCAGCUCAUCAAGUUUGAGCAGGGAACUCUUGUGAGUUUCGCUUGGUCGACAACUUCGCGGGCAAUCGGGCGAGCGCUCGACAUCCUCGGCCGGAAACCCGACUUUCUUCACCUCAACAAGCUGCCCAAAUACUCCGCCAUUCGCCUUGCUCCGCCAGCCUACACUGAACUUGACGACCAUGUCAAGUACUUCCUCCGCAACGGUAUACUCAAGCAAGUCAAGGCGGUCUUCCUGCCGUCCGAACUCGUCAACACGGAUCCAUUCAACGAUUCGACUUGGCGCGGAGGAUUCCUCUCCCUUCUAAGUGCCUGCCGCGACAACAAGACUCCCAUCAUCCUCUACAACGCCGAUCGCGACGUUGCGGGAGAGCUCUCAACGGCCUUGCUGCGGCAUAUCAGACGAAUGGACGACACGAUCUACAACCAGCGUGGACAAGCGCAGACGGUAAAGCUUGUGCAGGAAUGGGAAUACUACGGGGCGGAGUCGGCGCCAUUGCCGACCAUUCCGUCCAGCUUGCAGUGA